AUGGUGUUGUUUGAAGUCCUAAGAGUAUAUCCACCGGUAACUUGCGCGGUGAGAUAUACCGUCCAAAGAACUAAGGUAGGGGCCAUUUCCAUCCCUGCAGGGGUUGAAGUUUACCUACCAAUAAUGCUGUUGCAUCAUGAUCCUGAGUACUGGGGAGAAGAUGCAGAAGAAUUUAAUCCAGAGAGGUUUGCUGAAGGAGUUUCCAAGGCAUCAGGGGAUCAAUUGGCAUUUUAUCCCUUUGGCUGGGGACCAAGGAUUUGCUUAGGCCUAGACUUCGCAAUGAUAGACGCAAAAUUGGCUCUGGCUAUGAUUUUGCAGCACUUCUCAUUCAAGCUCUCACCUUCAUACACUCAUGCUCCCUACACCAGGCUUGCUCUUCACCCGCAACAUGGAGCUCCAAUUAUAUAG